AUGGCUAAACAACUUCAAUAUGAAUUACAAAAAUUGGAUUCAAUUUCAAUUAUGAUAAUUACUUCCAAAGAAAUUAUCUAUCAAGGCAAAACUCAAGAUCUUCAAAAACCUAUUACAAGUGCUAGCCUACAAGACAUGAUAGAAGUUUUUGGCUAUACCUGA